UAUAAGGAUGAAAUUGAGAAUUAAAUAAUACAAUAAGAACUAAAAACGAGUUUUCCCAGACUAUAAACACACUGAACACACAAGUCAAACUCUCUCUAACAAUCACCCGCGUGCGCGCUCCUUCACUGGCAGCGCCGCCCCUCUCAUUUUAACGUACAAUUGAAAGGUGUGUUCUUUUCAAUUCAUCAAAUGGAGGAGAAAUCAUUUUUGGAUAGAAUGCUUGGUCAUCUACGAGGAACAUGCAAGUACUAUACUGGGUAUCCUAAAGAUCUUGGGCCAUCACGGGUUAUUCACUUUACGUCAGAGCGUGAGUUUGUCCAACUUCUUCACCAAGGCUACCCGGUGGUUGUUGCUUUUACCAUCAGAGGCAAUUACACCAAACACCUAGACCGUGUUCUUGAGGAAGCUGCUGCUGAGUUUUAUCCACAUGUAAAAGUUUUGCGUGUUGAAUGUCCAAAAUAUCCUGGUUUUUGUAUAACACGGCAGAGGAAGGAAUAUCCAUUCAUUGAAAUAUUUCAUAGCCCAGAACAAGUGUCACUUGGGAAAUUGGUACUAUCAGCAUGCUCUAUUGACAUUGCUAUUCAGAGCUGCUUAACAAUUAUAAUGGUUCUCCUGGUGCAGGCAGCUAACCAGGGAAGGGUUGCUGAUCCAAACAUCACAAAAUACUCUGUUAAGGUUCUACCUCCAACUGCGCAGUUGGCCACAAAGACAAACAAGCAGCUAGAUUCAACUAUGACCAGAGUGCAUAUGGAUUCAGAGAAUUUUUCAAGCGCCAUGGCAUACGAUCGUCACCAGAUCCAAAGUAAAAAGACUGUCAGAAAAGUACUUGGUAUGUAAUAUAUGGUUUAAUUAAGAACCAUGUCUUGUUAAAAAAAAAAAAUGGCUGAUAAGCAUUAGUAGUUUAAGAUUAGUGUCUUGUAUAUGGUUCAAGUGAAUUUUAUCAUGUUCUGAACUUCAUGUCCACUCGAACUCUUUUACUGUGAAUGAAGUUUGAAACAUGUAUCGUAUUUUGUUUCAAAAAAUGCUCUUUUUUCUAGUCAAAUUUUCCAAAAUUAUUCCUAAAGUGAAUACUAAGAGGCAUGUAUAAACUAAUACUUUUAUA